GCGAGGAGAAGCUGGCAGAGUGAGCUAGGCUCGCAAGGGAGUUUACAGCUUUGGCGGGCUGUGGUUGUGGUUAGGGUUAUGCUUGUUCUUCAAGGAACGGGAACACGUGGUUUUUAUUUGCGUUCAGAAUACAGAAACUAGAACUUUCAAAACUCAUUAUAAGAGGUGUAGUUGUGAGUUAAUUUUAACAGCUGGACAAUUUCUUUCUGUGUUUGCCGAUUCCUACGUAAUCGUACUUGAACUUCGAAUGCAAAAGGAUACAUGCACGUUGAUGACAUUUUACUGUUUCCCGUAGUUUUGUGCACCUUAAUGUUUCACACGAAAAUCCCAACGGAUUCAGGAAUGCCGUAAUACAACAGAAUCUACUGAAGUUUUACAUCCCGUUACACUCUUCUGCAACUGGCAAACGUCGCUCACCACGUCACCAUGUCACGUGCUGUCCUUUGAAACUACCAGCGACCGAGCAUCAUGGCGCGUGAGGUCACACCAUUGGUAGCGGCCGUCGCAUUCUGGCUUAUCGCAGUGGGCGUCGGUUCAUCCAGACGCCUAACACAUGUGCGUCAUCAACAGCCGCAGGAAGAUCUUGUGUCAACCGAUGACGUGUUCGCACCUCAGAGACGCGGAGCCAGUGCUGCUGCAGAAUUGCACACGCAGCGCCGAGGAGGGAAGCUGAAGAAACAACAGAUUACUGUGCAGCACUAUGAGAUUCCUAAGGAAAGAAAGCCAAACAUUAUACUCAUACUGACAGACGAUCAGGAUGUUGAGCUAGGUUCGCUCAACUUCAUGCCUCGAACUCUGCGACUGCUAAGGGACGGCGGUGCCGAGUUUCGUCACGCAUACGUCACGACCCCAAUGUGCUGCCCGUCGCGCAGCUCCUUGCUCACUGGCAUGUAUGUUCACAACCACGAGGUGUUCACCAACAACGACAAUUGUUCCAGCGCCCAGUGGCAGGCAACCCACGAGACGCGGUCCUUCGCCACAUAUCUGUCCAAUGCCGGCUACAGGACGGGAUAUUUUGGCAAGUACUUGAACAAGUACAACGGCAGCUACAUCCCUCCCGGAUGGAGGGAGUGGGGAGGCCUUAUCAUGAACUCUCGCUAUUACAACUACUCGAUCAACCUGAAUGGAAAGAAAAUCAAACAUGGCGCCAACUACCACAAGGACUACUACCCAGACCUAAUUGCCAACGACUCAGUGGCUUUCUUGAGGCAGUCUAAGCAGUACUUCUCUCGAAAGCCGGUAAUGUUGGUUCUCAGCUUCCCGGCGCCUCACGGUCCAGAGGACUCGGCUCCACAGUUCUCGCAUCUGUUCUUCAACGUCACCACGCACCACACUCCAACUUAUGACUACGCCCCCAAUCCAGACAAGCAAUGGAUCCUACAAGUAACACAGAGGAUGCAACCCAUUCACCGGCAGUUCACUGAUCUCCUGAUGACAAAACGAUUGCAGACAUUGCAAAGUGUUGAUGAAGCAGUGGAAAAGAUCUAUCAAGAACUGAAAGACCUUGGAGAGCUGGACAACACAUACAUCAUUUACACAUCAGACCAUGGAUACCAUCUGGGUCAGUUUGGCCUAGUCAAGGGCAAGUCAUUUCCCUUUGAGUUCGAUGUUAGAGUCCCAUUCCUUGUACGAGGUCCAGAUAUUGAACCUGGCACAAUCAUUGAUGAUAUUGUUCUAAAUUUGGACAUCGCUCCAACAUUCCUGGAUAUUGCAGGAGUUGAGGCCCCUGCUCAUAUGGAUGGCAGAUCAUUUCUUAAACUUCUACAUCGCAAUUCCAAGCAUGGCCAAAUGUCAGCAAGAAGAAGGAAACUAAAAUGGCCGGACACUUUUCUAAUUGAAAGUAGUGGGAGGCGUGAAACACCUGAAUCAAUUGAAGCCAAGUUAAACUUAUUAAAACCUCAGCAUCAAGCGAAGCUGAAUAAAAUUGCUGCAGGAUCUGUGAGUGAAGAGAACAAUGGUGACAGCAGUUUUGCCAUGCUGGGAACAACAGUUACAUCUCUGACAAGCCAAUAUCCAGACUUUUCAACAGAUGAAAAUGGUCUGAAUGACACAUCUAAUGCUUUGCAUAUUCCUGAUCUUGAACCAUCUUUAGAAGACAUCCCUGUAUUAGCCCGUCCUGAUUUACAGCUUGAUAACCAAGUGUUACCAGUUGUUUCACCUGGAGGAGUGAUCAACAAGGUGGAACGCAUUGCCAUGGAAUGUCAGAGCCCUGAAUUCCAAGCUCCAUGUAAGCCAGGACAGAAGUGGCAGUGUGUCACAGAGGGAAGCAGGUGGCGGAAACAUAAGUGUAAAUUCCAGGGCACAGUUUACCAACAAGGAGGAAGCAAUGGAAGGAAAAAAUGUGCAUGUUUCACUUCUUCUGGCUUGGUAUACAAAAAACUGGAACCAGAUGAAAGACGAAUGCAGCGGCAGUUUCUUAGGGGACAUGUAAACAAGGACAUUAAAGAUUACCGACCCAAGUUCCUUCGAACAGUUCAAGCAAAACAGUCUAUAGGAGAAGUGAAUUUAUCAGACUUCCUGAGGCAGGUCUCAAGUACAGCAGACACAGCAAUAAUGACAGACCUGAUUACUCGCUAUAACAGUGAAAACACUCACAAGGCAAGCAGGAGGGGGAGACGUGACACACUGGAACAUGUCACUGACUCAAUCAUGAAAGACCUUGAAAAGGACAUUGAGAAGGAACUGCAUGGUCUGCAGGUUUCUCAGGCUGUUGAAGAUGCUAACUCCAACAGCUCCACUGCAGAGAACAUGAUUCAGUUGGCUGGCUGUGUAGUGACACCAACUCGUAAUGUAAAUUGCAGUGCUGCAGUGUAUGAGGAUCUUCCAACAUGGAGAACAUCUAAGAACAAUAUUGAUGGAGCAAUCCGCAAGCUUCUGGCUCAAGUAGAGGCAUUGAAAGAAAUUAGGCGUCAUCUUCGUCAGAAACGGCCUCAAGAUACUACUUCAUAUGAUGCCAGUCUUGAAGAUGAAGAUAAUAAUGAUGGCGUAGAAGAAAUAUUACAGGAAGAAGAAGAGGAAGGAGAAGAAGGAGUAUAUGGAGAAGCAGAAACAGAGAGUCACAAUGUAACAAAUAUUAGAAAAGUGCAGUCUGGUCAGGAAAGGGGUGUUGAAACAGUAACAGAAAGUAAAAAUAUUGGAAAGGAAGGGAGACGUGUUGGAAACCAGACAAAAAAUUCACAUGAUCGUCAGCAUAAUAGAAAUCAUUACAAAGGAGACCAGUACAAAGGAACAAAGAAACCAAAAGUAUAUGCAGCAACCACUAUAUUGACAGUAGCAAGGGAAGAUAGUGUUAGGCAGGAUAAAACAAAUGAGAAGUUUGAUGAAACUUUAUUUGAGGAAUAUGACAGUGAAAAUUCUCAGGGAGGUUCAUUAGUAACUACUGAAAAUUCAAGAUUUCACCACCGACACCACCACUUAUCUUCAAAUUCUGGACCUCCCUUCUUCCAUUCUACAAACAUGACAACAGAUCCAUCAGCUCAUGUGGAUUCUGCAAUUGAAGUUACUUUGGGCUUCCUGGAUUUCAACAUCACUGAAGGGCCUACUACAGAGUACUCUGUACCACUGAACUCUACAACAUCAAAGCCAACUUCAGAGCAGAGAGUGAAGUUCUCAGAACCAGCAGCAACCAAUGGAAACAAGCUUGGUAUAGGUCCCAGUCGUAUUGAUGUGACAGUGUAUCGACCUCAGAAGCCUGGCUACAGAGUCCAACAUGCAAAUAAUAUCAACAGUAGCACUGGUAACAGUAAUAGCAACAAGCAGAUAUUUCUUCCUGAAGGUCAUGGUCAGCACACUUGUUACUGUCAACCUGAUAUUCUCACAAGGCGUGAGGAGAAGGAAAUUGCAAAAGAAGCCCGUCGAAGAAUUAAAGAAGAAAGACUGAAGAAGAAAGAACGAAAGCUGAAGAAAAAAGCAAAGCUGGAGAAAGAAUGUCUGGCAGAGAAAAUGAAUUGUUUCAAUCAUGAUAAUGAUCAUUGGAAGACAGAACCUCUGUGGACAGAGGGUCCCUUCUGCUUCUGCAUGAAUGCCAACAACAAUACAUACUCAUGUCUGAGGACCAUCAAUGCAACUCAUAAUUUCCUCUACUGUGAAUUUGUCACAGGUCUUGUCACAUUCUAUAAUCUCCGAAUCGAUCCGUUUGAGCAAUGGAACCGUGUACAUGCAUUGACGGAUGUGGAACGGUCAUACCUGCAAGAUCAGUUGGCACAACUUAAAGCCUGUCGUGGCACUAAGCAGUGCACUGUGGGGAAUGCAGCUUCAUCCCAAACACCUACUGGCUCAUACACUGCACCCUCUUCCACCUUGGACAAUACUGCCUCUAUAACAAGUACUAGCAGCCGCUACAAGAAGAGAAAAUAUCAGUCUCCAAACAGUCAGCUCACAGAUCGCCACAGAUAGUCCUGCGUUUCAUUAGAUCAGCAUGAGGAGUACCAGUCCAGCCAACUGCAUACAUCUAAACUGUGUCCUGAGGCAACUGUAAGCAGCAAGGAAAAUGUACGAAGCAGCUGUGUAAAUUUAUUUCUCGCUUUCUGAAUUCUUUUUCAUUGUCUCUGUUACCCCAUGUCAAUGUCUCAUUACAGAAUUUCACCAAAGUUCCAACCAAUUUUUAAUAUUCGAGUUUUCACUAAAUGUAAUUCCAUUUGAAGAAUGGCAAUGACAUUCUGAAUGAUGCAUAUGAGAUUUGAGGGUGUCAUAGUGGUGAGAAUUAAGACUGGAUCAUCUGAGUUAUGAUAAUCCAGUUUAGUAGAUGGUUUUAGAUGCACCAAAGGAACCUACUGCCUCCAUCUUCUUCUCCAGAACACUGGCAACAACCUACUAAUCUGCACUUCUACCAGUCAGACAAACCCCAUAUGUAAGUCACUUAGACCCUCUCCCCCUCCUGUCUGUAUGUAUGUGUCUGUGUAAAUUCUACCUGUUGGCUGAUGGUUGUGUCAUUGCAAUAUGCAAAUAAAAUUUGCCUUGUACGCGCUGUUAGAUAUGGUCUCUGGGGUUGACCUCAAAACCCUUGAAAGCUUUGGUAGGGGGUUGUUCCUUACUUAAGGUAAGGCAGGCCAUCGAGGCCCAUAGGGUUGUGAGACACUGGGGAUCCCAUAUUUUCCAUAGAAAAUCUUCUCACAGAUGGCAGUGGGGUUGUCAGCCUUGUGUGCUGGUCGCCCUUUCCCCCAAGGAGGAUUCCUGGUACUCAUUUCUGUUGCAGGCUAGGUCAACCCCAGGACCAUGGUGCGGCUGGAAGAAUUGGGUAAAUUGAAAAGAACCACGUUAUUGGGACUUGAACCUGUGAUCAUCCAACUUGAGGCGUAGUACUUUGGCUAGCUAUGCUAGCGUGUACCCCUGUUCAUUAGUUAAAUAACGAUAAAUUUCAGUUGGUUUCAAAGGUCUUUGACACAAAUUUCUAUGGACAUAAACUGCAUAGAUAGAGGCACAAAAUCAUACAGAAAGCAAGAAGCUGUUCAGUGCAAGAAAGAGUGCAGAGAAAGUCACCCACCAAUAAUGCUUGCUGAUUACUUAUCUUUUCCCAGUACUUCCUCCAUACAAGUUAAAAAUUAUAGCUACAGUAGGCGGAAACUAAAAUCAACCUUCAAAAUAAAUAAAUUGAAAGGGAUUCAGUGUAUAAAUAAAAAUGAAAAACCACAAACAUGAAAAAAAAAACAAGCCUGAAUACUUAGAAUUGUUCAUGUUGUACUUAAAUUAAACAUUUAAGCACAAAUUAGCUGUUGUUUCAUAGACAGACAAUGUGACCUAGGUGUUCAGGCACAUUUGUGACAUGUCAAUUUCUGUGAAGUACCUAUCCACUUGCAGUCAUGAACAAAGAAAUUUGAUUUUGUAUGUACCUGGGACAGUGUAGUAAGUAUAGUGACUGGCUAUGGGCUGGACGACCAAAGGGUAGGAGUUCGAGUCCCUCUGCGGUCAAGAAUUUUC